AUGGCCUUCGACAUCGACUCUCUUCCUCCCCUCCUCGGCCCCGACCCCGACUCCUACUCCGACUCCGACCACCUCCCCCCCGCCCCGCGCCGUGGCCGCCCUCUUCGGCCUCCACCGGCGCCGCGGGUGGAACCCUCGCCUCAGGCGCCUGGCAGGUGCGAGGCUACCCCCGCCCCGGAGGGUAUUGGUGGAGCGGCCCAGCAGAGUUGGCCAGGGUUACCAAGGGGUGCGCAAUUUAAUCCUAGCGACAGUGAUCUUCUAUGGCAUCUGGCUGCAGAAAUGGGGAAUGGCCUGGCUCAUCGUCAUCCAUUCAUCAGUGAAUUUAUUAAAUAUGGUGAUGAAGGUGCAAGAUUUGGCUGUACCCAUCCUCGAGAUAUGCCAGGUAUGAGGCAAGAUGGACAUGCAUUGUACUUCUUCCACAAAAAAGUAAACCUACACAACAAUGAGAAUGACAAAGAUAUCAGCUGGCAAAAAAGUGGCCCCUCCAGAUCAAUAAUUUUAGAUGGGGGUCUACAAGGUUGCAAGGAAAUAUUUGCCUUGUACGCCUUCAAGAACAGCCCUCAGAGAACUGACUGGGAGUUGCAUCAAUAUCAUAUCAAAAACACGAUGGAGAAUGAAGGCGAACUAGUUCUUUCAAAGAUAUUCCACAAGUCGCAGAAAUGUCAUUGUGAAUGUGCUUCAAAAGCUCCUGUUCAAUCUGCACAGGAUAAUUCUGUGACUGAUGAUGAUUCCAAAGAAAAAGAGGGCGCACAAUUGGAAAAACUUUCUGUUAAUAUGGCUACUGAAAGUAAUUUUGUUGAAGGCAAUGGAAACAACCGGGAACAGAUGCUGGUUGAGAUGUAUCCUGAUCAGGACAAACCAUGUUCCCUCAAACAUGUUUUGGAUACCGCAGAUGUUAAUCAUGAAAACCAAAUUAAUGACCAGGCUGAAACUGAGCUGGAUCACAUGUCUCUGCAAGAGCGCUACCGAAUCCUUCUAGCAGACAUGCGUUCUUGCUCUGCUAGGGUAUCUGCUGAAAAGUGUGCUUUGAAUGAUAUGGGAAAUUCAUCCAUGCAAAUGGAUGCUGAAACAAGUGGGCCAGUUCCCAAAAGUGAGAGUGAGGAAAUAAAUCAUGGAGGAACAACCUACAGGGAGUGUUCUGUGAAUGGCAAGGAAAUUCCAGUUGAGGAUACUGAAGGUCCAGUGAAUGACAAGGCUUUUAAUUCUAGUGCUGAGCUCUUAUUAAGUCAAACACCGGCUUGUGGAGAUGAAAACGUUCAGCUGGCACCGAGAAAUUCUGGGACCUAUUUGGUUGAUGUAAAAACGGAGCCUGCAUUAGACGGUUGUGCGAUUUAUCCUUCUGAAUCUCCUUCUGUGAAAUUUCACCACUCAAACAACAAUGGCCUGAAGGUCUCUGGUUCUCUUCUGGAAUGUGUGCCAAAAGAUGCUGAAGACUCACUACCAUCUUUAGGAGUAAAAAGUGAACUAAGUGGGUAUGAGUUGCCUGGCUUAUGUGAGAACAGCUUUAUCAGUAGUAUGGAGCCUAUUGUGAAAAAACCUCAUACCAGAACUCUGAACUGCAAUGGGGGCCUUGCACCUUGUUCUCGACAAAGGAACAAGAGGGAUUCAAGUGAAAAGGUGCUUGAAGAAGAUGGUUACAAAAAUGAUGAGGGUAUUCCUUACCCUUCUAGGCAAAAGAGGAAGAAGAAAACUGCGACGGAUUCGAUUGAAACGGCUCUUGAAGAAGAUGCUCCAGGACUUCUACAGAUUCUUCUGGACAAAGGAAUAGUGGUCAAAGAGAUUAAACUUUAUGACGUUGUAGAAGAUGAUGAAAUGCUUCCAGACUGCACAGAAAGUGACUUUCAAGACCUUGAAAAUGUGAUUACAAAAUUGUUUCCACAAAGAACAUCCUUGUUGAAGUCCGUAGCCAAGCAUGGGAAGGGGGGAAAGGCUAUUUACUGCUUAGCUUGCUUAAUUUCUCUCAUUGAGCAGUCGCGCUAUCUUCAGUUCCGUGAUUGUCCUGUGGAGUGGGGAUGGUGCAGGGAUUUGCAAUCCUUCAUUUUUGUAUUUAAAAGCCAUAAUAGGCUAGUUCUUGAGCGUCCUGAAUAUGGUUAUGCAACUUAUUUCUUUGAAAUUCUACAAUCAGUGCCAAUAGAAUGGCAGAUCCGAAGGAUGGUUACUGCUAUGAAGCUUAGUAGCUGUGGCAGAACCGCUCUUAUUGAAAACAGGCCACUAUUGAUUGGUGAAGAUCUAUCAGAAGGUGAGGCGAAGGUUUUGCAGGAAUAUGGUUGGAUACCAAACACUGGGCUUGGGACGUUGCUGAACUACCGCGAUCGGGUGGUUCAUGACAGGUGGAACGAGAAGUACAGCACAGAUUGGAGGAUGAAGAUUGGAAAGCUUCUAAUGAAUGGUUAUUCUGAGGGGGAAUUGAUCAUAACUCAUGUUCCGCUGAAUUCAGAAGAAAUCAAGUUGGAGAAUCCUUGA